CUGUCUAUGAGUUCAGUCUUUUUUAUAAAGUGACUCCUUUGUAAUAGAGUUAGUAAGCUUAGCCCUGUCUGAUAGGUUUAUACAUUCUGCUCAUGAUGCUGUCUGAUCUGGGAUGAGUUUAUACAUUCAGCCUCCAUAGUGAAGAGCAUCAGCACAGCCAAGCCUGAAUCCAAUGCGUUAUUCACAUGGACAUGGAUGGGAAUUAGGCCUGUGGGUGCUGUCUAUACUGGAAAAUAUGCGUUUUACUAUCACUUAACCCUGCUGUGAUGAAAAGCACUCCUUUUGUCUAUCUGAUAUGACAUUUUUCUAGUGAAAACAUCAUGUGGCAGCGGUCUCCACCAGCACUAGCCUGAUGAGGAGGAGGAGGAGGAUGGAAAGCUAUCUGCUAACUGAAAGAUGCUUUACUACAUAAACCGCUAACUCAUCAGGACUCUCGGUUUUACUUCGUUUAACGGAACGGAGUUUAAUUUCACACAGUUUUUUGUUUGUAUGUCUGUUUUAACCUUAAAUGAGAAAAUAUAAAAACGUGCAGAUAUUGACUUAGCUUCGCUAGCUAAGCAGCUGUUGGAUUGCCUGUCAGUGGAUGUUUUUAGCAAACGGAGGGGAUUUACAGCAAAACAUUACAGCACGAAUCGGGUCGGUGCAUGGUGCAAAUGAGACCUCUGGUAUGCUGAGGGAAUGAUUUUAUUGAAAAGAUUAAACGACACAUCUCGACUGCUCUGUAAAAUGAAAUGAAAUCAGCGGUUGAAUAUCUGAUCGCUUGGAACACAACAUUUCUCAGAACACAACUUGAAAAAAUAAAAAUACAAAUUAACAGCAUACAACUUGAUAUACGAGCUGAAAACUUGAAUUUAACAUCGCUGAAAUGGCUGCAGAGGCGUUUCCUUUGCACUAUCUGGUGUGGAACAAUCAAUACCAAGAACUGGACCGAGAGCUUUUGAAAAAGCAGCAUGAUGUGGAGCUGCUGGACCCGCGCGCGCGCACGCCGCUCGAGCUGUCAGUGUGUCUCGGGCACCUGGAGUCCACGCGCGUGUUGUUGAGACACAACGCAGAUCCCACACACUGCGGAUCACAAGGCUGGACAAUUUUGCAGGAGGCCGUCAGCACUGGAGAUCCUGAGCUAGUGCAGCUGGUGCUUCAGUACAGAGACUUCAAAAGAGCCACAGAGAGAUUGGCUGGUAUUCCUGAGCUACUAAGCAAACUAAGACAGGCACGUGAUUUCUAUGUGGAGAUGAAAUGGGAAUUUACUAGUUGGGUGCCUCUAGUAUCUAAGGUUUGUCCAAGUGACGUAUAUCGUGUAUGGAAAAGUGGCUCGUGUUUAAGGGUCGACACCACUUUACUCGGUUUUGAGCAUAUGACCUGGCUUAAGGGGCGUCGCAGCUACAUUUUUAAAGGUGGAGAGAGCGGGGCCAUGGUGAUGGAGGUAGACCACGAGAAACAGGUGGUGUAUACAGAACCACUGUCCCUGUCCCCACGCGACACUCCCUCGCUCCUCGCCGCCAUGCUGCCCUCGCAGGAGAACACGGCUCAGAGGAUCACGUCUCCUAUAGUGUCCACUCAUCUGAAUACACGAAACAUUGCAUUUGAGAGAAAUAAGUCUGGGAUUUGGGGAUGGCGCUCAGAGAAGACUGAGGUUGUCAGUGGAUAUGAAGCAAAGGUUUACAGUGCCAGUAAUGUGGAGUUAGUAACACGUUCUCGGACUGAACACCUUUCUGAUCAGGACAAGUGCAAGAGCAAAGGAUCCAGAACACCUCUUCAGUCUUUUUUGGGUAUUGCUGAGCAGCACAUCUCCAGUACUGGGAGUCAGGUGUCUCAGUGUGCCAGUCCUCAUAAUCCAACAGCUAUCACAGCCGAAGAGUACUUUGAUGCAGACUUCAAUCUGAAUGGCAGAGAUAUUGGCCGGCCUAUUGAACUUACCAGUAAAGUGCAGAGGUUUAAGGCCAAUCUGUGGUUAAGUGAAGCUCAUCCUCUUUCAUUGGCCGAGCAAGUAACACCCAUCAUUGACCUCAUGGCGAUAUCUAAUGCCCACUUUGCCAAACUGCGUGACUUCAUCACUUUGCGUCUACCGCCUGGCUUUCCAGUAAAGAUAGAAAUUCCUCUGUUUCACGUGUUAAACGCCCGCGUGACCUUCAGCAAUCUUUGUGGCUGUGAUGAACCAGUCAGUUCUGUUACUGUACAAUCUCCGCCGUCUCCACAAGAAGCUCCAGAGUCGGAUCAGGCACCGCCGCUCCUGCAGUGUGAGGUGGACCCGUCUGUGUUUGAGCCUCCACCAGAAUAUACCCAACUUGGUCCAGGUCGCAGUGAACCAAUGAGAGAUGAAGAUGAUAAUUUACUCCAGUUUGCCAUACAACAGAGCCUGCUGGAUGCUGGAACAGAAAGCGACCAGGUAACCAUAUGGGAGGCUCUCACUAACACUCGUCCAGUUUCUCAGCCUCCGCUUUAUGAGGAAGACUCUCAGCUUGAGAGGGCGAUUCAGGAAUCUUUAUCUUUGUCAUUGGCUGGAGGUGACAGUGGGGAGUCAGAUCCCGGCCAACCAUCCCCACCCGAUCCCAACCUCAACUCCCCUCCAUGUUACAGCUCAUUGGCCGAGCCUCGGGCGCUUGCUGUGGCCAGCAGUUUUGACGAACAGCUACGCAUCGCUAUGGAGCUUUCAUGCCGAGAGCAGGAAGAGUUAGAUAGGACGAGGAGGGAAGAAGAGGAAGAGCUGGAAAGGAUACUGCAGCUGUCUCUCACAGAGAAGUAACUGUAGCAAUGCUAGAACUGGGUUUAAAGGAAUAUUUAUUGAUUGUGUUUUUUCUGCAAUUUUAAAUUAUUAUUCUUCAAGAUUCAUUGCUCUUUAUUUCUUUUCCAAAAAUAAUAAAGAUGGGAUAAAGAGGAAUCGGACAGAGUGUGUGUGUGUGCCAAGACAAAAAAUAAAUGUAACGAGAUUUUGAAACAAAGAGCAAAGCAUGAAAUUGUGAAUGAUAUCCUCUCAGUUCCAAUGUUUUUUUUUUUUGAGUGAUAAAAUCUCAUUGUAUAAUGAAAAUGUGAAUAUAAACUAUGAAUAUUGAUAACUAUGAUAAUGCAUAAAGGUAAAGUAUCGAAUAUAUUAUUGCCUAAAAUACGUUUACCUAUGGUGAAUGAUAAUAACAUGAAAGUAUAACUAUUAAAUGUUGCUCAAACAAAGUG